AUGUCGACCUCGUGCUCAUCCAGCGAGCCGAAUACGGUUGGCGGUGCUGGCGAGUCGACGACGGAGACGAAUUCGUCGCGAGAACUCAAGAUAUUCAAAAAGGUUCUACGCGAUCCAGUCUUGCGGGCUCCGUUCCAAGAAUUUCUUGAGCAGCAGUUUUGUGCAGAAAACUUGAACUUCUAUCUGGCGGUUGAGCAGUACAAAGAGAUCAAUGAUUUCCAGGAGCGUGUGACUUUUGGAAAGCGAAUAUAUGAUCGAUAUUUUGCUAUGAACAGUACAGAGCCCGUGAAUAUUGAUAACUCAACGAGCAAGAGGAUUCGGGAGACGGUGAAUAGUGGCGCGUUUCCAAAGGACACCUAUGAUGUUGCUCAAUAUCAAAUUCUCCAUCUUCUCAAAUAUGAUUGUUGGCCGCGAUUUCUACGAUCGACGAGCAACAUUCAGCCGACAUUCACGGAUGAGGAGCUGGCGGCAGAUGAGGAUGAGAAGAACGGGCCGAGUCAGCCGGCAUCAACGACUAAUACUAGCGAGUUUGGCGAGUCGUCGUCGCAGCAGGCGCCUCAGUCGCAAGCUGUGAGCGUAUGCGUGACCAAGGAGAAAAGGAAAUCGCUUUUGUGGCAUGGUUUGGAUAGGUUCUCACGGCGACUACGGCGUGGCGAGAGCAGCGCGCCGACGAAUGCGGACGAGGCGGAUGCGAGCGGAUCAGGUUCGUCACUGCAAGCGGCGGCUGGAAGAGGUGUUGUCGGCUCAGCGGGAUCAAAACGACGAUAUAUCUUCGCAGCUUCGAAACAGUACAGCAUGCCAGUGGAGAUGACAUCGCCGGUGAAGAAGAACUCGUUGUCGCCGACACAUUUGCGUCGAAGGCACGUCGAGCCGAAACAGUGUCAGCUGAUGGUUGGCGAUCAGUUCAAUACGGAAACGGUCGUUUUAGAUGACCCGACAAUGUCGGUUCGCCGAUGGACGCAGGAAAUGGCCGAGCAGCAGGGAAUGGAUAAGUACCUGACUGAAGUCGUCGAUGCCGAGACGGGAAGCACAAUUGAUCCGGCUCGUCAGGCAAUCGAUGCACUCCAAUCCCGAGCUCUCCGCUUGGUUCCUGUCGUCUCUUUCGUUGUCGAAUUUCUACCGCCAAACUACUCAUUCAAAAAUCCGUCGUCGACCCCAACUAAAAUGUUAUGUGUUCGCGCCCGUCAUUCAUUAUCUACUGGUGCCGUCUUACGGCCGUUACUGCUCAAAUACGCAAUAGAUAUCAAUAUAGCGAAAAUUGUGUGUAAUGGCUCGCCGGAGCCUAUCAAACGCUCAUGUUCAAUUGGAUUAAUGGGUGGAAAAACGCUAACCGUGAUGACUGAUACUCAAUUUGCCGAACGCAUGAGCUCGGGAAAAAAUUGUCUUUCAACUCGCGACCAAUGCAUCGGUCAACAGUGCAAUUUCCUGUUUGAGUCUAACUUCAAAUUUCAUCAACAUGGCGACAUUGCCUACUGCGAGAUACCGCCUGACAAUGAGCGAAAUCGGCACGCGCACGCGCAACAUCAUGAAGCGCAAUACUCAUCUCAUCAGCAAAAGGAUCACUCGAUCAGUCUAUUCAACAAAUUCGUCAGAAAGGCUUCACACGCUGUCACCAAAAAUGACCAGUCAUCAUCGAACAACACAAAAGCCGAAAAGAAGGCACCGAAACCAUCACCAAUGGUCACCAAAUCAACACAAGAAGUCGAUAAGUCGGUCAACGGUAAUAACGCACCAAGCACAUCGCGACCGUCAGCGCCGGUGGAGCCGGCCAACUUGAUUCCGCACAAUCCGACAACCAGCAACUCUCUGCCAGCAACGCCCGCCGUACGGCAUCCAGCAAUUUUUUCGACAAAAGUCGGAAACGAGACAACACCAUCAUCGCCGACAACAUCGCCGGAGCCGACAGCACCGGAAGGUGCCGCGUCGUCACGUGAAAAUUACACCGAAAGCCUUGAGGAGUCGGCGUCGGCGGUUCGAAUAAGCGCGCCGCCAACACCGCCGCAGUCGAAAGCGCCAAACAUCUCCGCGGAAGCUCCAAGAGAUUCCACGUGGCAGCCAGCCGCCUAUGUCUAG